AUGACGUUGGUCUCAAUUGAAUGCGACGUCAUUUUCGACAGCGUUGCUGUCUCUGAUGUCCUUUAUGUUUGUCCUCUCCUUCACUCUCUCUCUCUCUCUCUCUCUCUCUCUCUCUCUAUCAGUCUCUCUUUUUUCACCCUUUCUGUCUCUCACUCGCAUUUCCCUUUUUCGACAAAUUCCACAAUAUCGAUUUUUUAUAUGCUUUGUCUCUCCUCUCUGUUCCAUUUUUCUUUUUUCAGCUUCAUUCUUUCUUUUUCAUUUGCAAACUUCUGUCAUUUCACAUUUUUGUUUCUUUCUCGUUCUCAUUUUCUUCAACCUUUACUUUUUGUGCUCCACAAUUUUACUUUCUCUUCUUUUCAUUUUUAUGAUCUAUCUCGUUAUUUUUAUUUGUCGCCUAUUUUUUCUUUCUUCGCUUCGUUUUCUUUUUUACACUAUAUUUCUUUAUUCUUUCGACUUGGUAUGCAUUCUUUCUUCUUUCGAUUUUGCUUAUUAGCAGUUUAUUUGUUUUUCGACUUUUCUAAUCUUCAUUCAUUCAUUCUUUCUUUCUUUUUUUCUUUCUUGUUUAAAAUUUUCUUAACUGCAUUUUUUCUAUCUUUUUUCAUUCAACUUUUCUUGCUAGCAUUCUUUUUUUUCUUUCUUGUUUCAGUUUUUCUUAUCUGCAUUUUUUCUUUCUUGUUUCACCUUUCCUACCUGCAUUCGUUCAUUCUUUUUUUCUUUCAACUUUUCAUACCAGUAUUUUCUUUCUUUCUUUCUUUCUUUCUUUCUUUCUUUCUUUCUUUCUUUCUUUCUUCAACUUUUCUAACCUGCAUUCCUUCUUUCUGUUUUUUCUUUCAACUUUUCUUACCAGCAUUUUUUUGUCUUUCUUACUUUCUUGUUUCAACUUUUCUAAUCUGCAUUCCUUGUUUUUUUUCUAUCAACUUUUUCUCACCAGUAUUCUUUUCUUUCUUUCUUCUUUCAUAUUCUUUUUUUUCUUUUCUUUUUUUCUUUCUUUCAUUCUUUCUUGUUUCAACUUUUCUAACCUCCAUUCAUUCUUUCUAUUUUUCUUUCUUUAUUUCUUUCUUUAUUUAUUUAUUUCUUUCUUUCUUUCUUUCUUGUUUCAACAUUUCUAACCUCCAUUCGUCUUUUCUUUUUUUGUCAACUUUGUUUAUCAGCAUUCUUUUCUUUCUUUCUUUCUUUCUUUCUUUCUUUCUUUUUUCAACAUUUCUAACCGCCAUUCGUUCUUUCUUUUUUUUUCUUUGCAACUUUUCUCACCAGCAUUCUUUCUUUCUUUCUUUUUUCAACAUUUCUAACCGCCAUUCGUUCUUUCUUUUUUUUCUUUCGACUUUUCUCACCAGCAUUCUUUCUUUCUUUCUUUCUUUCUUUUUUCAACAUUUCUAA